AUGGCGGGUCGAUUACAAUCUCAUCAAUUACCAAGUGGGCUCUACGUUUCCGGUAAACUCGAGCAACCCAAAGAACGACCACUGACAAUGGCUGCUCGUGCUAUGCCUUACACCAGAGGCGAUAUAAAAAAAUCUGGCGAACUCGGAAGGAUUUUCGACAUCUCCGUCUCUGAUCCCACCUCUUUCCAAGGACCAGCGUCGAUUUUUGUCGUCGGUGGCGGAGGAGGACCACCCAGACAACAACAACCGCUACGUAUCCCUACCUCCGCCUCGUAUUCGAAUCCCAACAGUGGAUCCGUUCGAUCCGGAUCCCAAUCGGGUCCAAUUCGAAAAUCUUCAGGUCCUCUCUCUCAGCUUCAACCCACCGGUUUAAUCACAUCCGGUCCGCUUAAUUCCUCCGGUUCAAGAAGAUCAUGUCAGGUUGAUCAUCAUCUUCUUCGUUCGAGUAAUUCAAGGUCAACCAAACCCAAAUACGGAUCCGCAGUUACGGUUCUGAAUCUGGAUCCGGUUCGGGUCCGAUUUAGAGUACCAAAACCUGUGAUUUGGGCAGUGUUGAUAAUAGCUGCAAUGGGGUUACUGGUUGGUGUGUUUUUAUCUGUUGCGGUGAAGAAACUACUGGUUAUGGUGGUGAUUGCGGCGGCGAUAUUUCCGGCAGUUGUGGUUUUUGUGUGGAAUUGUGUUUGGAGAAGAAGAGGAUUGUUGGGUUUCAUCAAUAAUUAUCCAAAUGCUGUGCUCAGAGGCGCCAUUGACUUAAAUUUUUUUGUGAUGAUUUGUUUCGUAUUAGCUUAG